GAAACUCGCAGGGGGACCACAAAAACUUGUAAUCUCAAACUGUGAAAUGCAUGUAUUACUAAAUUGUCAAAUUCUUGUAUACAAGUGUGCUUUUUUCUUUUUGAAAGUUUCUAUCAUAUAACAAUUACCAUGGCGCACAUUUGGGAUACUUUUGAGGUGAAGUUUUGCAGCACACCAACAAAACUUAACCCUACAUGCCCAUUUACAGAGUCACCCGAUCAGGUCAAUACGAAAGCUUGGCCCGGCGUGACCUGGAAAACAGACCCUUAGGACUUAUCAACCUCGCGAUCUGUGUCUUUUAUCUGGUGUUCCCGUGUUCAGACAAGCGUUUACUGUAGUUUAUCGUUUCUGCUAAGUCUUCAGACCCUUCUAGGAUGUCGUCACCUUCCGAGGAGGAUAACGCUCGUCGACGAAGCGCUUUGAUCGGCAACAAGUUUACCUACAGCCGACUGUCUAGCCCUAACUUAGCAGAAGUGAGGCCCUAUUACAAUGUCGUGGUGAUCGGGUCAGGGUACGGGGGUUCCAUCGCUGCAAGCCGCGCUGCAAGGGCUGGCGUGUCCGUCUGCGUUCUGGAGCGGGGUAAGGAGCUUCAGCCAGGAGAGUACCCGGAUACUCUAUCAGAGGCCUCCAAGGAGACGCAAGUCGAGAUCAACACAGGGAACUCAGCUCUGGACGGCAAGCACGGCGAUCCAACUGACCUUGUAGAUGUAAUCAUAAACAAGGAAGUAUCAGUUGUGCAAGGUUGUGGACUAGGCGGCGGUUCUCUCAUCAACGCCAAUGUGGGCUUGGAUUGUGACCCCAGAGUCUUUGAGGACAAGACCUGGCCAAAGGCAUUUCGUGACGACCUGGAGGCUCUCAAUGGCGUUGACAGGGAACAUGCUUGGCAGAUGCUCAAGCCUACUCCUUACCCCCAUAACUACCCUCAACUCCCUAAGAUGGGUCAGCUGGAGAAGGCCGCCAAGGCAAUAGCGAAGGAAGUGUAUGACAUCGAGGACCUGGAUAAGGUUUUCUACAGGCCGCCAUUGUACGUCAACUUUGAAGAAACGGACUCGAACCAUGUGGGAGUGCCACAGGCGGCGUGUAACGGCUGCGGGAACUGCUGCUCCGGAUGUAACUACGGCGCCAAGAACACGCUCAUCAUGAACUAUCUGCCUGAUGCGAGGAACCACGGAGCAGAGAUCUUCACUCUUGUGGAAGUGAAAGCCGUGGAGAAAUGUAAAGAAGGAUGGCGUGUCGUGUACGUCUCCCACAUACAGAACGGAUUCCAGGAACAAGAAAGGUUCAUUCACGCCGAUAUCGUCAUUCUCGGCGCAGGCGCUCUGGGCUCCACGAAGAUUUUGCACAAUUCAAGGAAAAGGGGCCUGGACCUGUCGGACCAGUUAGGAGAACACUUCAGCACGAAUGGUGACACCAUCAGUUUCAGUUAUAACGGACGGGAGGAGGCUCGUGGUGUCGGACUGCCGCCGGACUUCGAUAAACUCAAGUCUGCUGGACCCAGCAUCAGCGGCAUCAUAGACCUACGGCUUCCAGAAAGAGACCUAAGCCAGGGUUACGUCAUUGAAGAUGGUACUCCCCCUCACGUCACCAAGUUGGGGUACUCUAUCCUGAUGGCGGUUGAGAGCAGCCUUAGUGGCGUCGACAACUUCCCGGAGAAAAGCCUUUGGGACGGCAUUGCCAAGGAUCUGCAGCCUGACAAAAUGUCACGUACCCUCAGCAUGUUAACCAUGAGCCAGGAUAAAGCCAAAGGACGACUGGUCUUAGACAAAAAGGGGUCAAUCGUCAUGGAGUAUCCUAACAUUGGGGAGGAGAAAAACUUUGAUUUGGUCAAUGAGGGACAUCAGGUGGCGGCUAAGAGUCUGGAAAGUACGUUCAUACCAAAUCCUGUGUGGGGAGGGAUCAUGGCCAGGUCCAGGGAUGUCAAGUCUCUCAUCACUGUACAUCCGCUAGGAGGCUGUGCUAUGGGAGAGACAAGCAAAACUGGGGUGGUCAACCACAAAGGACAGGUGAUGUUUAACUUCAGAGAUAUAUACUAUAAGCCUAUUGAUGUCACAGAAAUCACGGAGUUAAAACCUGGUUUCCGCUUUACCGAGAGAAUGGUGGGAAGUGUGAACUACAGCAACAAAGGCGCCAAGGCCGUCGCACCGUGUGAGUUCAUCCUCACCAUCCAGUCAGACGAUCUCCAGGGGAUGCUGAAUGAAGAGGCUCAUUCAGCGGAGAUCUUCGGCACGGUCACCUGCACAGCUCUGCAUAAGGAUCCGCUAACCGUGUCAGAUGGUGUUUUUCAGCUUUUCAGUAAUGACCAGAACAUGGUUGACACGAAGGAGAUGCUCUACAAGAUGGUGUUGAACGCUAAAGACGGUCAGCAGUUUUACUUCCAUGGCCGCAAGGAAGUCCACAGGGACCAUGCGGGGGAGAUCGGCCUGGGGGACACGACUACGCUGUUUAUCAAGAUAUACCGUGGAGCUAGCGACAAGGGGGAAGCGUUUGCAGAGGGUGUUCUUAAAAUCAAGGUCGGCGACUUCAUGGACCAGUUGUCUACCAUGGAGGUUCUCAACGUCGAUGGGAAACUGGAGAGACUCAAAUGGAUGUCCAGGUUUUUCGGAUUCUUCGCUAAGAGUCUCUGGAACAUCUAUGGACCGACGAUGGGGGAUGGCACUCAAGAUCGGGUCUUCAGAGACCCUCAAGGAAAACGACCCUUGCGUCUCAGAGGAGCCAAACGAGAAAUGUAUCCAUUCCUUACGGAAGACAACCUGGAGUUGCGGCUCACCCGUUACAGAGCAGGUUCCAAGGGCCCAGUGAUGCUGUCGCACGGAAUGGGAGUGUCCAGUGGUAUCUACACGCUCGACACCGUGGAUACAAACCUUCUGGAGUACCUGGUUGCCAGGGAGUACGAUGUGUGGCUGCUGGACUGGCGGGCGUCAUGUGACCUUCCGGCGACUUGCUUCACACAGUUCACCCUGGACGAUGCCGCCAGGUAUGACAUCCCCGCUGCCGUGGACAAAAUCAUUACGGUGACGGGCAACCCAGACAUACAGGCCGUUGUCCACUGUGUCGGCUCCGUGACAUUCUUUGCUUCACUGCUGAUGGGGAAGCUUCAGGGAAAGAUUCGCAGCCUUGUCUCAUCACAGGUCGCUGCCCACCCUAUUGUGACCAAACGCAUACGAAGGGUUGCAGCCAAGGCCAAGCUCCCCAGAAUGCUGAAGGCGUUUGGUGUGGAAGGCGUAAAUGCACGACUGGAUCCUAACGGUGGAUGUAAGGAUGCCAUGACGACGUUUGGAUGUAAGGUCUUCAACCUGAUGGAGUUAAAGUCAGCGGAAAGAUGUGACAGUAAGGUUUGCAGGAGGAUCUCUUUCCUGUACGGACUUUUGUAUCAACACGAGAACCUCAACGUGGCCACACACGAUACUCUACACGAGUUCUUCGGCUAUGGAAAUAUUUCGGCUUUUAUGCACCUGACCAAGAUUUUAAAAGACUUGACCAGGCCAAAUAAGGACAUGCCUUUCACGAUUGGGGAGGGGGAGGUUCAUUUGGGUGAAGAAUGUCUUUUGGAUGCUAACGGAGGAGACACGUACCUACCAGACCACAGACUUGCUAAACCAGAGACAUCCGAUGCCUACAUGGAGAAGAUGAAGCUGCUGGACAUCCCCAUGUGUUUUAUCGUGGGCCAAAAGAACAUGACCUUCCUACCAAAGGCGACCUUUACAACAUUCGAGCAAUGCUGCACUGCUAACCCCAAUCAAGAGUACACGCACGUCAUCAUCCCAAACUACGGACACAUUGACUGCAUCUUCGGCAGUAGCGCAGCUCGUGACGUUUAUCCACAUAUUCUGGAAGCCCUGGAGAAACAUGCUAUACCAGCACUGUGAGCCAAUUUAACGGGUAAUGGUCAACCAUCGCUUCGCUCACUCAGUGGUUUAUUGGGUUGUUUCUGACACCGACUAUGUCUUAUAAAUGACAUAGUGUACAUUGAAGAAAAAUGGCCAUUUCAGCAUUAUGAGUCCAUAACCGCCAACGCCUCGCCCAGUUGUAGCUUAUGCAACAGUUAUAGUAACCGACCGAUCAUUAAGUGUUUCAUUUACGUUAUUAAUAUAGAGCCAAUACUUUGCAUCGUAUAUUAAACUUAUAAAUGAUUGUAUUACAUGUCGAUAUUUAAGUUAGCGAUUACACGCACACUUUGAAGCGUUUGUCAACUAGUAGGAUAAUUCGAAAGGUCUAGCCUAAAAAUGUCAUAUUUAUGUGGAGAGCUCAUAUAAAUGGUAAAUGCGGAGUAAAAGUUAUCGGUGUUAAUGCCAAAA